AUGAGCUACAAAGACAAAAGCCCGAAGCUGGAGCUGAAACUCAACUUGUCCCCGACCCGGAGGCAAGUGGGGUCCCCCCACGAGUCGGUUUCCCCACAGAGCUCAUGCGUCUCCCGGGAGAUGAGCCCGGAUGGGGAGGCGAGCAGCCCCGAGAGCAGCAGCAACAUGAUGGUGGUGGGGUGCCCACGCUGCUUGAUGUAUGUGAUGCUGCUUGAAGAUGAUCCCAAAUGCCCCAAAUGCAAGAGCACUGUUUUGCUUGACUUCGUGCAUGAAGACAAGGCCAGAGAGUUCAAGAAGUGA